AUGCUCCCUCCACCUCCUCCUCCUCUUUCAAUGAUGAACAUGUGACCAUGAUGGUUCCGCCCAGAACAACUUCAGCAUGUGUUGACAUUCCGUCUUUUUGCCGGACCUGCCGGCUCUGCUCCGGGAUGGAUGCGUGCAGGCCGACCGGUCCGAACCGCCUCGCAGCCUGACGAGCGACACCCGAAAGCAGCGCUCAAGAUGAUGUCGCUCGUAGACCUGGACGACGACCAGAGGUGGGUGCCCACGCACGUCAAUGUCACGGUGCUUCGCGCCAGGGGACUGCGGACCAAGAGCAAACAUGGCAGCCGCUACCUGUACGCGGUGGUCCAGGUGGGCAAGGACAAGUACACCACGGGCCUGGUGGACAAGGCCGACGUUCCUGUGUGGUCUGAGGAGUGUUGCUUUGAGCUCCUCCCCGGCAUCCUGGAAGAUGAGGAGCGCGGCCGUGGAGCCUACCCGCCCGGCUGCGCCGACCUUGUCAUCACCAUCAUGCACCGGGUCCUUAUCGGACUCGACGUGUUUCUGGGCCAGAUGCUCAUCCCACUGGACCGCAUGUUUCGGGAAGGCGCCUGCCCGAGAGACGAGUGGUUCAAGCUGCACUCUAAGGCGGGACGAAAGGCAAAGGAGCGUGGCGAAUUGCAGCUGACAGUACAGUUCACCCGAAACAACAUGACGGCCAGCAUGUUUGACCUCACCGCCAAGGACGAGCGACGCUCCGCUUUCGGUAAACUCAAGGAUCGCGUCACAGGGAGGAAGCGCCCCGAUGCGGAGUCUUCCUCGGCUAUAGUGCCAGGCCGCUACGCCGCCCUAUCGGUGACCCCGGGGCAAUCCUUAGAAGACGAAAUUGGGGGUGCAGAGAUAACAGAGGAAAAGAGGAGUAAAAUGAAAGAUUUCUUCAAAGGAAAGCUGAGAAAGUCGGCUGACACUAGGUCAUGCUCGUCGCUUGCUUCUGAGAGCAGCACCUCCUCCGUGGCGAGCGAUAACCUCGGCCCUCCGCCAGCUCUUGGCCUGCUCUCAGAUCUCCCCAGUUCGCCCAUCUAUUCCGCCGUCCCACGAGUUGACCCCCGCUAUGGAGACAGGGAUCUAACUAAAACAGUUCUCAGCAGUCAGCAUGCUACAAAGAUUCAGACACACAAGCGAGCCUUCAGUGAUGAAGCUAGUAAGAUCACGGCAUCUGUCCCUUGGACGGAUCCCACCACGGAGUCCAUCAAAGACCAGCAAAGCAUGAGUCAGUCCAAGUCUUCCGUCUGUAUAAAUGGCAGCCAUGUGUAUGACUCUGAGCCUUCGAUCCCAAAGAACGUCGGGGCCCUGCCGUCCAAGUUGGUCUUGGUGGAGAAAUGCUCCCCGCUGUCCCGUUCUCUACAGAACAUCGCUAAGCGUAGUGAGGACAAAGGUUCCUUUGCAGAGGGGCGACGCUGGUCCUUUGAUAAGGCGAAGAAAAGUGAUAAAGAGGAAGAAAAGGAGGCUCGACAUGCUGAGAUAGGAGUACAACCUGAGCAGGCGGCAAACCCCUCCGCUGCUGAUUCUUCUGACAAAGGGUGGAAACUGAGAAAGACCUUGUUCUCUGGAGGAAGGAGUGAUUCUGUCCCUGCAAAGCCGGAUGGGAACCAGGCUGCUCCCACCUCUGAAGGGAGGUUCAGAGGCUGGUUCACCUCCACAGACUCCCAGAACAAGCCAAGGCUGAAAGUGUCUCCUAAACUAGAAAACACCACAGCUAUAUCCCCUCCCCUCCCUCCUUGCGACCCUGUAGACUGGCACUCUACCUCUGUCCCCACUGAAAAUAACCACACACAUCCCAUCACCCCCCCAUCCACUCCCAUCUCCCCCUCCAACCCCUUCUUUGAGGAGCUGCAGCGGUCCCCUCCUUGUGCACCUAGCUCCUCAACCUUUCUUUACACUUUACAGCACUCCACCCCGGGCACACCCAGUGAGACUCAAGGCGCUACUGAUAUACCCACCUUUAAAAGGGAACGUCCUAGGCCUCUUCCAAAGCAGAUAUCACUCCCUGAGUUUUUACCAGAUACUUUCAACAGCACAACUGAUCUCCCUCGGUCGGCGGACGUGCAGGAGUGGGAAGACUCAUUUGACACGUUUGCUUCAAACAGGCUCAACUCACCCAACGGAAAUCCCUCUCAGAUGCAACAGGAAACUAGCCCGGUAUCCAGUCUGAGGUUCGGUUAUCUUGCAUCAAAUGUAAAUACCGGAUAUCACGCACAUGAGCAACAACAAUACCAAGAGGAGCCUCCACCGUUACCUCCAAGAAGACCAAUUAGAACUUCGGUGAGUGAGAUAAACUCUGAUGGAUGGCUCCACAGAGGCCAAGAGCUGGCAGUCCAUAAAGAAGCCUACCUACUCUCCCAGACUGGAGUAGCCUCACUGCAGCAUGUAAGAGAGCAAGCAUGUAAAAGACCAGCAUCCAGUGUAUCAACAGACAGUCAGACCUUAGAUUCAACCAAUGUUAAUUCCCAGAUUUGCGGAAUCAUGCCCUUUUCGGGAUGCAUGGCCGAAGAGACUCUCAAAAAGUAUGAACCCUUGGAAGACAUCACUGACUUCUGGGGUGGCAUGCUUUUUGAACAAGACUUGUACGGACGGGUUUCCAGAGGAAAUGUUCCACAGCCCACUUUUCAUGUAGGUAGCAACACAGGGCUUAAUUCCCUCUCAAUGUCAGAGUUAAAGACUGCUUGGUCUCCUCCUGUGGUUGAGUCUACAGAGUUUUCUACAAUAACUCAAACCACAUGCAUGAACAAUAAUGUUACUUCUUCGCUAACCUUAGAAGAUCUAAACAUGAACGCGAGCAAUUCUGACUUUGGCUUUAUUGAUUCCGAUGGAUCGUCUCAGUCAGAGGCAGUGGAAGGCAUCAAAGGCCUCAUUAGUUUAAGUAGGACUGAUACGCAGCUGUCACAAGAUUCUGCAACUGCUGAACAUCGUGAGGUGGAUACUAACACAUUAAAAGGCACGAAGAUACCCUUAAGUGACUCCACUUUGGAAAAAAACACGUUAUCUAAUAAAACGUGCAAAGUGUCUCCAGUUUGCCAGGAAUCUUCAUUUGAGACCAACAGCGGUAACAUUGAUAAAACUCAGGAGCAAGUUGUAGAGAAUCAAUCUGAUCUCGGAUUUGACUCCAGUGAAGAUAAAACAGGAAAGGUUGAUGCAUUUAAAGAGAUGAGAAAAGACUCUGAUGAUAAUGGGAACCCUCAGGCUGAGGGAGAAUUGUUUCCAAUGGUGGUUAGUGCACGUGUUAGACCAAAAGGAAUUUCAUUCGUGAGCAGCACCGACAGUCCAAGUAGGACUGAGCUACGUCUACAGUCUUCACUCGUCAAUGAAGGUCCAUCGUCAUAUCAACCUAAUAAAUCAGCUCCAUCUACCAAUGUGGCUUUAGAUAAUGAAGAUAGCGUCUCACGCUGCUUUUUGAAUGGGCCGCAAAUACCUACAACUAAUGAGUCGUCAAUUUUGAUGGAGGAUGAUGUAAAAGAAAACCCUUUUGAGAUCAGUUUUGAAAUCCUUCAUGCCAAAGUCACCCCUCAUUUGAGAGGUCCUCCAAAGUCUGCACAGGGUUGUUCUCCCACCUCUUCAACUGCUAGACCAUCUAACUUCCACUUUUCCCCUGCCUAUUGCCCUUCUGCAUGCUCUUCUGGUACUGGGGAGCUUCACACUGGAACCAGUAGGUCUCUGAUUGUUUCCCCCUACAUGACCUCCUCCUGCUCUACCCCCAACUUAACCAACUCCAUCACUGAUCAGCCCCUGUUUGAUGCACAGCGCUUACUUUUGACUGAGGAGACUCGGCCAGCUUGCAACAUGCUCCGCCAGGAGAGCAGACCACACCCAGUGAAGCCUUUGAGCCAAUCAGAGAAGAAGGACAGCCGUUCGGUUUUGGAGAAACUUAAGUCCACCAUCAGCCCGGGACGCUCUGGCCAGCAGGUGGCAGCCGAGCCUAAAAAAAUUCAGGAGCCCACCGAGGACAGGUUGGCUCUCUACAAGCACCUGAGCAACAUGGAGCUCAUCUCCUUGCUGCUUCAGCAGGACAUGGAUAUGAACAAGCAGGAGGCGGCCGCCGAGCUUCAACAGGCGCAGCUGGAGAAGUGUGAAGUGGAGCUGAAAAAGGUUAAGGCGCAGGUGCGCGAUUUGGAGGACUAUAUUGACAACCUACUGCUGCGCAUCAUGGAGCAGACACCCACACUGCUGCAGGUGCGCUCCAGACAUAAGUGACAUCGGAGCCACAGGCUCAUACCCGAACUUGUGAAAGUAGAUUGUAAGAUUUACUAGAUGGGGACAAGCACGAGGUCUUCCAACCACUACUGCUACUACGCUGUUGACACAUUAUUAUUACAUGCAUGCUGUUAACAACAAGAUAGAACAAAACAAUAUAACAAAAUCUUCAGAUUCUUUUGUCUAAACAAGCUUACUAGAACCAGUUUUUGCAGUUGGCUGUUUUGCAAUUAAAUUCCGAUGCAGCAAUUUAAUGCAAUAUUGUACUAUAAAGAUAAUACAACAGUAUUAUUCUACAGGUAAUAUUAUUGCUAUUAUUAACGUCGCCAUUAUUUUGUAAAUGCAAAUUAAAGUUUUUUUUUUUUUUUUUUUUUUUUUCUUUAAUAAAAAAUAAGUAAAGCAGAUGCUAAGGUAAAUAAUGUGUUGCCAAACAUGCAAAAAGAUCCAAAACAAGAAUUGUGUUCAUGUUUUGAUAUUUCACUGUUUUAAAAUUAUUAUUAUUGUUUUUUUGCCAUGGCACUGUGUUCCUUAGCUGCUGUGUUCCAGAUACAGAAUUAUUACAACAAGAGUGCUCUUUGGAUUAUAUUACGUUACUGCAGAGGAUGGAAUUUAUUUCCAUACAAGAAUGUUCUCAUGUAUAACACGUUGGCUUCUCAAAGAUUUCUUGUCCUACUUCACAGCAACCGCACUGUUAGUAAGAAUAAAAUAUGACUCUAAUAAUCAUGAGGCCUUUUAGUGUGGAAGUUUGCAGUUGAAGAUCAGCGUGAUGCUUGUUUCUGACCACAUGAGGGAGCGCUCAUUCCAGUUUCCAUUUUUCCUGAAAUUAUUUCAGGUGCAUCCCAACAAAUUUUAAUUAACCAUGGAAAACUAUAUUUUAGUAGUUCAGUUCUAAAAGUAAAACUUAUUUACUUUAGAUUCAUUAUUCACAUAUUUCACUUGGCAACAAGUUUGGGAGGUAGCAUUUAAUUGGUAGUUAUGCUUUAAAAAAAAAAAUAAAUAAAUAAAUAGAAGCUUUGAGCUGUUUGACACCACUCACAGUUUGAGGUUACCAAACAAGACAAAGCGAAAUACUUUAAAAAAAAAAAAAAAAAAAAGUCUUAAAUAGCAUUAUUAUGUGAAUUAGAAUCAUACUUUGAGACGAUUCGACUAUAUACAACACAUAGGCAAAACGCAGAUAACGAGAAAUUCGUCUUUUAAUCCGCCAUUUAGCCACGCCUACCAUUGUAGGGCUCUAGCGUCCCCAACAGGAGGAUGACGUCGGCAGGGUCAUGGUUUCAUCUGAUUUAGAAUUCAACCCAUUGAGGGGGAAUAAUUCAGAACGAGGAAAAUGCAACGAAGAGAGCCGCAAAAUGUCAUUGUUUCAGUCUCUCCAAUAUUUUUACAGGAUAUUCUUUUUAUCAAAGUAUUUUCCCCCAAUUGCUAAAUAAAUGGUAUGGUCAUGACAAAUAACAGUCUUGUGCUAAAUGGAAUAUUAAUAUGAAAUAAUAAAAAUGCAUUUAUUCGGAGUGAGGGUGUUCUGUAUUUUUGUAAAACCAAUAAAAAGAAAUUUGAAAGAAGGAAAAAUGCAUUUAUUCGGUACGACAUGGCAAAAUUAGUCCAUAAUGGUCAAAACUGUUGACUUCACCUUUACUGUCACACCUCCCGUACAAUAUUUUAUGCCACCGUAGUUAGUCAGGCUUUUGUCAUUUCCCUGCCCCAGCUUCGGCAAAUGUAAACAAACCAAGAGGCGUGAAAGCUAGCCGACAUGCUAACCCAAACCGAGUGACGUCACAAAGUCUUAUUUUCGCUUUUCAAAGCGAAAAAUCACACAAAACUAGCGGUGGGGUUGUCGAUUGUCUUUGCUGAUUGGCAACCCGCCCAGCAGCGAGCAAGUUACAGCUCGUUCCCCUGCUACGAACAGGAGAGCUCGCCAGGGAAGCUGCUGGAGAGUACAAACCAGCCGACGUCAGAGGAGCGCGUAGUUGCUACAUGGUCAACACGAAUAUGGCGUAAAAUAAUGCUCUACUACACGGCGAAAACGUAAACAGAGACCGGCGUGCAGUUGUUCUGCAGCUAACAUGGCAGGAUGUGUCUAAUGAGAACUUUUCUACAUGUUCGUCCAUGAUCAAACGUAAGUAAAUAGUCCUUUAUUUAAAGAAAGUUUGUAGUGUUUAGUUUGUAAUCACUGUAUUCGCGGCCAUUUUUAACACAAAUUUGCAAUUUCUGAUGUGGUUGAAAAUUUGACAGAACACCCAGCACACGAAGAGGGCAAUAAGACGAGUAUAGCGCUCUCCCGGUGGAGGGGUGCGUGACAAGCUGCCUUUCGUCGGCCGAGUGGCAUUUUCGGUGGACAAUCGGCCACAAAAUGCAAUCCACCUCCGUAUUAAAACGUGUGCCAUGAUCCCAGUAUUUGACAUAAUACAAAAUACCAUGUUUACUCACUUCCUCGGAAAUCCAAUGGUCCCACAGUAGUAGGGCUUGUUUUGGCCAAUAUCUGCGGUGAACGGGAACCUUUUGAGACCCAAAAAGGCUCACAUGCCUCUCCCUGGAGCAGCAACAAUUUUCUGCAGCCGUUUGGCUGGCGUGAUGUGAAAAAUAAAAGAAUUAAUCCGCAAAAUCAGCUGAAUCCACAGUCCAUCUGCAUGCUAUGAAGCAAUGCUGUAUUAUGAGAUGCUGGCCCGGGUGACGUCACAUUCGCAUUUGUCCUAAACCCGAGACUGAAGCCGGAAGUCACUCAUUUUCAUGGAGCGGGAUUCAAAAUCUGAAUAUAUAAAACGAAGCAGUCAAAUCAGUCAAAGCAGUCCAUUUCAUUCAGGACCAUAAAAAAACCAGUGAAAUAUGAAAAAACAUGCUUUUUGGUGUCAUGCACACUUUAAGGCAACAACAAAUAAUAACAAAAACACACACACACACACAGGCUAACAAUUAGCAUCUGUGUGGUGGGGUUGUUGCACAUUUUAAGGGACUGAUUACCACUGACAAAAAAUGUUAGAACAUAUCCAGAAAGACCAUCUAAUGAAGCAGUGUCCAAACUAUGGCCUUUGAGACAACUAUCCGCUAUCCAGUUUUUAUUGGCCCGCAGCAAAUUACAGGUAGUCCUGGGUUACAAUGUACUCGACUUACAUGAUUUCGACUUUAUGACGCGUGUCUGAUCCGCAGUUUUUUCACCAGUCGUUUUUUUUUUUUUUUUUUUUUUUUUUUUUAAGUCGCGUAACAGUGUCUCGUUCGCCACUUCUGAGCGUUGAUGGUAAGUACAGUAUUUUAUGUGUCAUUUAAUUUGGUUAUAUAUUAGGUCUAAUUAAUCUAAAUGGUUGAUUUCUACAUUAAUUGCUAUGCACAACUGGUAUUUCUUUAUACUACAGUAUAUGUGUGGUCAGCUUUCCUUUGUUGCACUUGGUCUUGUUUGACGUCAUAGCAGCUCUAUUUUCUGUUAGUUUCGAGCAUUGUUAUCACGUUGGGAAGCGGGAAUGAACGCCAGUUAACAUUUCAAGAAGUCCAAGAUACCGUAAACGGUGCUGGCUCGGCGAUGCCUCCCACUGUUAGCUCGCUAUUAGCCCGCUAGCUAAUUGAGCAGCUUAGGUUUUCACCAUUAAUAGCUGCCAUUUUCCUUGUUGAAUUGCCCAAGAUUUGGACCUUAUUUUCCUCAGUAUUAUUGUGCAGCCAUCGAGGUAUGUUUUUGUAAGCAAAUUUGUGUCUUUUUUUUUUUUCUUAACCUGUCCUGUCCAGCUGUUUGACACGCCGAAUGGAGAUAUGAGUGUCAGAUGGUGGAACGAUUUUAAUUUAUCACAUGGGAAUAUGACAUGCAUCCAUUGUGAUCAUUCAACGUACCUCAUUUAUUAGGAGAAAGCAGCGAACAGGGAGGUAUUAUGGGGGAACAAAAGAAAAGGGAGAGAAACAAAAAAAGCACAAAGAACAAAAAGACAUACAUUAAACGCCUGCUCUAACUAUGAAUAUGUUGGAGCUAUCGUUAGCUAGUUGUAUUUCCGGUUGAUACCAUGGUGGGGGCCUGAUAACCAAUAAAAGGGGCGGGGGGUCUGAGAGAUAAGUAAUUCGGAGGGGUGAAGUGUACCUAAAAAAGCAAGCAAAUAUGUCUCUGUUGAUUUACGUUAUGUCAUUUUUGUGCGCUCUUUGUCAUAAUUGUAUCAUAUUUUCUAAUUGUGUGUUUAUUGUUUGAUGGUGACAUAUUAAAAAAACGUAGGCUGUAAGAAGAACUAUGGUGUGAUUGGUGUUACCGGAGGGAAGUAAUGUCUAUCUGACUUAUUUUAAUAAAUUGACGUAUAAUGCAGGUCGGCAACCCAAAAUCCUGAAAG